AGUGAGGAGCACAGGUGCAUAAGUGACAAGGACCAACUGGAGACGACUCAUACAGUCAUACUCGUUAACUUGUACUUUGCAGAAAAAGUGCGCCGCAAUCUCAAUAUCCAAAACCGUCUAAUUUUCUGACUACGCCAUCGUCUCUAAUAUUUUCAACCCGAAACACAAUUUCAGCUAACGAAUAUGUCAUCAUCAGUAGCAUAUUCCACCAUUGAUCAUCUAAAAAAAGAGCUUCCUUUGAAACAAGAAACUCUGCUUUUGACUGAUAACACUUGCAUCGGCCUCGUUCUCGUCGAUAUCAUCAAUGGAUUCUGCACUGUCGGCGCUGGAAACCUCGCUCCAAGAGUUCCAAAUAAACAAAUUGCAGAAAUGGUGGAAGAAGCUGCGAAAUUAGCUAGGGUUUUCUGCGAUAAGAAAUUGCCGAUUUUUGGUUUUCUUGAUUCUCAUGAUCCUGAUGUUCCUGAACCUCCAUAUCCUCCUCAUUGUUUUGCAGGCUCUCUUGAAUCCAAAUUAGUUCCAGAACUGGAAUGGUUGGAAGGUGAACUAAAUGUAACUUUGAGGCUCAAAGAUUGCAUUGAUGGAUUUGUUGGCUCAAUGGAGACAAAUGGAUCCAAUGUGUUUGUUGAUUGGGUGAAAACCAACCAGCUGCAAGCUGUGCUGGUUAUUGGCAUAUGUACAGAUAUAUGUGUGUUGGAUUUCUUGUCCUCAGUACUUUCUGCCAGAAAUCGGGGUAUCCUUUCACCGCUGCAAGAUGUGAUUGUCUAUUCUCGAGCCUGUGCAACUUAUGACCUCCCACUAUAUGUGGCAGAGACUAUAGAAGGCACGGUUGCGCAUCCACAGGUGUAUGAAUAUCUUCUUAUUGCAUAUUGGAAAGGAUUUAGGAUUGAAACUGUGUUGACCCAUUGUUCGUGACCAAUUGACUUCCUUAGCUAUUUCAUCCAAUUAUGGGUGAGGAUUUGAUGCAUCAUAUAGGCUUGUACAUGGCUCGAGGAAGAGGAGCCAAAGUCGUAUCAGAAGUGUCUUUCACAACCCAAUCGUGAAUCAUGGUGUCUUUAUUGCUACAGGUUCAUGGAUUUCUCGGGUGUGGACUUUCUUUUUGUUUUUAUGUUAUUCUUAUUGAGUUCUUGUAUUAUAUAAUCUCAAUUGUUUUGGCUUUUAACCAUACAAUACAAAAUCCUUUUUUUUGAACCCCAAGUAUAAAUAAAUUCCUAUAUGUUUAUGAAAGAAAAAACAUUGUUGACUUCAUGGCUUGCAGUUAUUAAGAGGAUGUACAAAAGGUGCAGUAAUUGUGUUUAA